AGCGGCGGCUGGAAAUUCGGCGGCGGCGGUGGAAAUGGCGGAUUCGGCGGCGGUGGCUGGAAAUUUGGUGGCGGUGGAAGCGGCGGAUACGGCGGCGGUGGAAGCGGUGGAUACGGCGGCGGUGGCGGAGGCUGGUGGUAAUGCCUACGGCAUUCACGUGCAGUCGGAGCGAAACUCGUGCGCUGAUCAUCCCGCGCGUAUCUCGGCUGUAAGCAUCGAUCGUUGGAUAAGGAAAUCAACCCCCCCGCGUCCGUCCACCACUUCGCCCCUUCGAUCUUCAUCGGGAGAACUCCUCUUCAUCGGAAGACCAGAGGAGGCAAAAGACCGGGACACAUCACGUCGAACGCCCGAAAAAUCCCACUCCCCUUUGCCGCCUAUCAUCGCCCCGGAUAAAGAUUCGCGUCGUGAGGGAGCUUCGCGGUGAUACGCACGUACGAAACACCCUCUCUCAUCUGCCCCUUUUUUCGUGGCGUUUACCCUUCACCGAGUUACAGGGGUAUCUCUCGCGGAAACACUGAACGAUAUCGUCGCCCCGCUUCCGGCUAUUCGAACCUGCCGGCGCGUCGUCUGGAGGAAACGACUUCCUUCACGACGGCACAUUUUCCACCCUCGUCCCACUGUGUAUCCCGCCGUCCCUGCUCUUCGCCACUCGUCCCGCUCUUCUUUCGUAAUCCGGAAAAUCGGCGGACGCGUUCCGUUUACGAGCGAAUCCCGCGCCUGAUAUUUCAAUUCCACUUCCUCUCGCGCGCGACCUUUCUCCGCGCGACUCCUCCGAUCCAGCGUUCGCUUCCCCAUACUUACCUCUCCCUCUGAUGAGAAUCGGAAGAGCGUCGCGGGGCGCGGCGCCGUUCCGGCACGACAUUUAGCUCAUUAUACACACGUAGAGACAAUCGCGCGAAAUCUCGCGUGUAUACACUAUCGAUAAUAUUAUUACCUUACUGCCCCUCCUACUCCACCCUCUAUCUCCAGCACGAUCGAGCAAAACGCGAGGCGAACAACUGCAAAAUUACACGGGAAAACGAAGAGAAACGAAAGCGCAGGGACCAGUCGCUUUCAAGCACUCGAAACGUACCGCACGAACUUCUCUCUUCCCCUUGUUUUUCCAUCCUCUUUUUGCGACCUGGACCACUCCGUUCGAUUCAACGAUCCACAAUAAACGAAUCAUACUGGUAGAAAUA